GAAGCAGACAACUUACACUAAUCGCUCAUAUCGACUAUAUAAAAAUGCUUCUAUGUCUUCUUUUCGGUGCUGUGACUUGCAGCAGCCUCGCUUCAGCAACCACAGUGACGUUCGUAUCGUGGACAAGCACAAGCACAUGCAGUUAUCAACUUGAAUCCGGCGGUGUGCCACCUACGCCUGUUCCAACUAGUGAAGUUACAUUCUAUACCACUGAGAUUACAACCAACGCUACUUUAACUGUCCCCCCAACUUCGACGGUUGAGGCUCCCAGAGUUACUUCAACACUGCACACCUUAACCGCGUAUACUUUUGCUGUGCCAACUGUGACGGUCCCAACAUCUACAAGCUAUGCUCAAGUCUGGAAGACAGUGGCCACAGGCACCUUCGCUGAUACUGUUUGCGCCAACGGAGCAAACCCCACCACGGUGACCAAGUACACGGGUACGUAUACAGCUGUAUCAGGACAGGAGACCACUGUCCCAGCUACUUAUCCGGUUUCGGCUCUCUGCUCCACGGGAACCAUCUAUUAUAAUUUCAUCCUCCCAACUGUGACCCGGGGUUCUACUGUCACAACAACUUCGACACCAACGGUGUACGCAACGUCAUACACAACGACAAGUACCAGCACAAUAAUCUACUACACAGUAACGUCAUACUUAACUACAGUAUCAUCCACCAUCACCUCUUAUGUGCCGCACGCCGAGACCACAACUCACACAGUCGCGUGCCCGGAGAAGACUGUGACAAAGACACUCGACGCGCGUUGUGCACCGACGAAUCUAAUCGGUACCAUAAACGGCGAAGGGAUCCGCUCGGGUCGGUACGCAGAUCGGGUAUCUGUAAUCUACACGCGCGAGGAGCCAUGGGCAAGUGACUACACGGCUUGUUGCCAAGCAUGCAUCGACAACGAGGGAUGCGGAGCUUCUGACUCGGGCUUCGGCGCCUGUGGAUUAUACUACAGCGCCACGGUGGAGGGCGAGCCCAUCUGUGAUGCUUUCAUCCUCUCUUUUACUUCGUCUCCUAACGCCUAUCCGGGGCAGAGCCUUGUCUAUCAGACCGGAUGCGGCGAGAUUGAGUAUGAUGGCAGUUUACCGUAAUAGGUCUCGGAAAUCAGUGAAUAGAUGGUGGUGAUAUCACGUAUCCAACGACUAAUCUCACGAUUAAUGCGAACUUCAAACUACAUAUUGAUCGACUACAAAUAGGACAGCUC